AUGGUGUUCAAAUCUAUUAGAAAGACAAUGCAGUGAUCAAAAAUUCUGUAGUUGGAACAAAAAAAUGACUACCGAAAAUUGGCUGCCACCUUCACUCGAAUGUACGGAAGAAUUGGCUGCUAGAAACUGGCGAAUUUUGAUACUGGUACCAUACAGAUCUAUCCUCAUAUAGGUUUUUUCACUGUUUUUGGUGGAUCACAGUAAAACUACAGGAACUAUUGUCAUAUAUCCAUGUCCCUGCCACAUACAUAUGCAGUCAGGCUCUUUGCGCAGACGUUUCUUUGUGUGUAAGUUCACAGACAUUCGCUAUUUAGUUAUUUAGUUUGAUCUCAUUGCCUUGAAAAUGUUCUAUGUUUGUCAUUGUCAGCAUGACAACUUGCUUGUGAUGAACAUGCAAUUUGGGUUUACCUCUUGUUAACCUUCGAUACCUUUGAAUGUCGACAGUUUGUGUUGAAUUCAUUGGAGUGUUUUUGAAAAGUAGGAGAAAACCUCCCGAAUUCAAGUGUCUGUGAGACAGCGAGUGUCAGCUACGUCAAAAAUAGGCUUGCGUGGUGUAUAAUUUCCCUUAGCUCUGCACAUGGUCAGUUGAUCAGUCUGCUUGCUUAGUUCGUAUGGCAUUGAGACCUAACCGCCAAAAACCAUUAAAAGAACUAUAAACAUGACUGAUGUCUAUUAAAUGUGGAUAUGUUCAUCAAUUUUCAACUUUUUCCUGACAGGUAUAGAAUUUAGGCCAAGGACAGACCCUGUUCAAGAAGUGAUGGAAUUCAUAGCUGCAUAUGAAGAGAAGUAUUCUCAGCAGCAUCCUGUGUUCUAUCAAGGAACCUUCUCUCAAGUAUUGAAUGAUGCCAAGAGAGAACUCAGAUUUCUGUUGGUGUACCUGCACAGCCCAAGUGCCCCUGACACAGACGCUUUUUGCAGAGAUACAUUGUCUAAUCCUGAUAUCAUUAGAUAUGUUAACCAACAUUUUCUAUUUUGGGGAAGCUCUAUUAAUUCAGAUGAGGGGAAGAGGACAAUAAAUGCUGUUAAAGCUAGUCACUAUCCUUUCCUGGCUGUACUGGUUUUGAAGGAGAAUAGGAUGACUAUUGUUGCUCGCAUGGAGGGCUACGCAGACCCAGGUCUUUUAGCUCAACGAUUGCGUUCGGUGGUGGGCGAGUACGAAAUCAACCUAGUGUCAGCGCGAGCGGACCGUUUUGAAGCAAGCGUGAAUAGGUCGCUGCGUAGCCAGCAAGAUGAGGCGUUCAUGGAAAGUCUGCGGGCAGAUCAGGAGAAGGAACGUCGUAGAGAGGAGCAACGUAGGCAACAGGAGGAGGAGCAACGCAGGCUUGAGGAGGAACGACGAGCCGAAGAGGUACGACGAGAAAGCAUAGCCCAGGAGAAAGUGAAUUCAGUAUAUAAAGUUCCUGAAGAACCCUCAGCCUCCCAUCCAGAUGCUGUACAUGUUGUUUUUAAACUACCUUGUGGUACAAGAUUAGAACGAAGGUUCUUGAAAUCACAUUCCUUGGAGGCUGUCUUCUACUUCGUGUUCUGCCAUCCAAAUGCCCCUGAUUCCUUCGAAAUAAUGACGAACUUCCCCAGACGGGUGCUUAACUGUCGCCCUGACACAGCUAAAGUUAUCACACUGGAACAAGCAGGGUUGAAAAAUAAAGAGGUGCUUUUCGUGAACGAUUUGGAUGCAUAGGAAGCGGCAUUUUGGAAGAAACAAUGUUAUCUCUUAAUGAAUAUCUUGUAAUUGGUUGUUCGAUGGAAUAUACAUACUGUUACGAAAUUCAUUUCAUCCUUGUUCCUAAAGACUGUUCUACAAUAUGCAAUUGCUUGGAUACGAUUUGGUUGGCUCAUGUUUACAAUUCUGAUGGUACUAGGAAACCUUUUUGAAGAAUUGUAUUUUUUAUAAUAAAGAUUUGUUUUUUGAGAGAUUUGGAAUGUGUGUAAUAUACAGGACGUUUCAGAAAAUGUGACAAUAUUUCUAGGGUAGAAAGUACUCCCAAAAAUAACAAAAAGUCCCUACAAACAUAGGUCCCAUUACCAAGGUCCAUAGGAUGUUCUAAAUUUCUACGCCACUAAUAAGACUGAAAGGACACAACAUGGAUAUUAUUCAUAUUUAUGGUGAGCUAGGAUUAUUCUUAUACACUGGAUACAAGAUGUAAUGUCUUCACUAACUUCAGCGGGCUUCCAAAAAAAACGCGUUCUAGCUUUUUAUAUCGAUUUAACGUCAAAUAUUCAAACCAAUUUUUCCUGACAAAAAUUUAUCAGUAGAGGAGAUUCCUGUAAAAUCAAGUACCUUCUUCAAGAAAAUGCAAUAGAUGUUCCAAAAAAGAUUGUUGCGUAGAAAAUAAUUUUCAUUUUCUUCUGUAGUAGUCAAAAUAUCCCAAUUUCUACGCCAUUGGUAUCGUCUCAGCACGAAAAUUAUUCUAUUGGCCAGUAUUACUUGCACAAAAUUUUAAGGAAAUAUUUCAAUAAACUCAGAAGAUAUAUAUUUUUUAGAUUUCAAAUUUAUAAUUUCAACACCUAGGUAAAGUGGCGUUUUGGACUAAUGCUUAUAUGAACAUUCCAUAUAAUUUUUUUAUAUACUUUAUGGCCUAGAAAUAUUGGCACGUUUUUCUGAAACACCCUGUAAACGAAGUUCUACAACUCGCAAAAAAGUUGGACCAAACCGCAGUCGAGAAAUUGUGUAGUUUAGAACAAUCUCAAACUGCCUCUUCACAUUUUUUUUCUGCUUCCAAGAGCUGGGUAUAAAUCUUUGACGAAAACUAAAGUGUAAUUAUUGAAUAGUGUUUGUGAUGUAACAGUUCUGAUAGUGAAAUACUCAAUCUUUAUUAAUUGGUAGAUGUUAACUGUAAAUUAAUGAAAUUUAUCUAUAUGAUAGUUAUCCUGACUAAAACUUCAAAUUUCCUUGGAAAGUGGUUUUUCGAGUAUCCCUAUACUAUGUAGACCUGGUUGUUCCCAGCUCUUAGUAGCAAAUAAUUGGUACCUUAGGGUACUAUAUUUUUGAGCAUUUUCCUCGUCAUGGAAGGCUUCGGCGUUAAUUUACUAUUUACAGAGUUAGGGGAAAUAUGUUGUAGAAUGGUUUUAUUAUUUUUUUAUGUUAUAAAAUUCUAUAGUGAUGGCGGAACGAGAUGCAGCGUGCAAUAUUUUAAUUUUGGCAAUAAAUGUUGAGGCAGUGAAAAAGUAUAAAGCAACUUAAGGUACAGCUUUAUAAAAUUCUGUAAUUACAAAAUAUUCAAUCAUUGAUUAUCAACAUAUUCUACCUGAAGAUAGCCAACCAUACACUGUAUUCCAGCAUAGACAAAGGGAUCUGAAAGAUACUAGCGUCAUCUAUGAGACAGUAGCAGAACACAAAAAAUAAAUUUAAGAAUCCACUUAAUUGGGUAUCUUCAGGAAUUGAUUAACAUAUCCCACCUGCAAAUACCCAAUUAAAAUAGGCAUUAGGAAUGGCUUAACAAAGGUUUGAAGAUCCUAGCGCUAUCUAUGAGAUUUUUAAAAUCAUUUUUGUUUUCUGUUUCUCAUGGAUGGCGCGUUCAGUAUAUGGUUGGCUGUCAAAAGGUAGAAUAAGUUAAUCACUGAUUUAACUCAUUGCGGGUUGUGGCAGAAAUGGUGUCAGGAGAGUCAAAAAAUAUUUUUUUUGUCAUCUUUGAAGUCCUCUAUCAGAAAAAAAGGGUUCACAUUUUUGUCUUUGUAUAUUGCAAGUUGUACUGCCCAAGAAGAUAUAGUAAUUUAAAAUAGAUUAUUAAUUUACAGAAGGUAAUUUAAGAUAUUAAAUAAAAAACGUACAUGGUCUGACCAUAAAAAAUUGCACAUGGUGCAUAUUUUUCUUCAUGAUUAUUGAUGUGUCAUCAGUGUAUCAGUGUAGUACACAAGUGUUGAUAGAAUCAGUUUAUACAAGAUUCCGGAUACAUCAAAAAUGAUAUAACAAAAGAUAUAACUAGUUUCCAGUCACUAUAAACCAAUUAGCAUUUAACAGAAAAAUACAUGAAAUGUGAUUAAGUAGUAGUUUUAGUCAGUAAUCAAGCAUUUACAUUAUAACAAUGUGAUUUUUGUAAGUAAACCUAUAUUUUUUAGGAAUACGAGGUUUAUAUGUAUUUUGAAUAAACACUUCUUUUUGUUUCCAUAUGUAAAUAUGUAAAAAAUACAUAAUUUUGUUGUUAGUCGUCGCAUUUUACUUUUUUGAUCCCAC